AUGUCGACCUCGCUGCCCCCGAGGCCUGCCCGCAUUCCAACAACGCGUCCCAGGACUUACGAGGUGACUAUCAAGUCUAUCCUUACCUUUCCCUGGAGGCUCUGCAACCCGCCCCCAGCAGUGGGAAAGGUCAGGUCGUGCGGGGUAACGCCGCUGUUCAAGGUCAAACUGGAGGAUGUAUUGGACAGGAACCAUCUCCCGCCACUUGGUUUGAAGGAUUUCGAGGAAUGGCUGCUAUACGUUGAGACGAGUCCAGAGAACCUAUACUUCACGCUUUGGCUACGAGAGUACCGUGAACGGUACAGCGCCUGGAUGGCGCAGAACAAAAUUCACCGCGAACUAGAUGGGGAGUUCCGUAUGAGCUGGGGGACGCACCACUCGCCCUCGCUCGCUCUAUUUUACGCCCGCGCUAAACAGACCUUCUUCAUGCCCAACUCUCCGUACGAACUCAACCUACCCUCAAGCCUGCUAGCCAUCUUCCACACCUCGAUGGAGUCCCCACAUCCUGACCCAGUCAUCUUCACCGACGUCGCCAUCGAAACCUACCGCAUGCUCGACGAGAGCCUGCGCCGCUUCGUCAGUGCCCAGUUCAACAACGUAGGCAACAACCGCGUCCUGUGUGGCAUUAUCGCGGGCGUCGUUUUCGCACUAGUAGGCUCGGUCCCUCCCCUCGCGCUCAACUUUGCAAAGCAUCAGAGUCGUUGGCUGCGAUUGCUUGCUUUCCCAGGGCUGUUUCUCGGUUUAACAGUCUUCCUGUCAGCGAUAAAUGGCAUCUGCCUGGGGGUCUACAUCUUUGGAGACCUGAGGCAGCUAAGGAAGUUUGAGCUUGCCAGACCGCCCAUUUCCCGUCCGGUGCCUAUCACGACGGAUGAAGAGAAACCGACGUCUGAAUCUAUACCCGUACCGGCGGCGGAGAUGGAGGAAAAGUCCCAGCCAAUACCAGAAGGACGUAUUACCGCCCAUGCCUUUCGCGCUCCCACACCGACAUCGGACGACCACUCUCUCUACACGGAAGACGAUAUCUCCACUGGGGAACACGGUCCAACCCAGAUCCACAUCUCACCCGCCUACUACGACAACGUCUCUGUCGAAGGCGGCAUGGCCGUCGUCCCGGCGGACUACACCUUCCCCGCCCUCCAACCUACUGCCACGGCUGGUACCGACAGGGACGGCACCAACGACACCUCCGACUUCACAAUGACGGCAGCGUUUAUCCACCCCUUCGACACCACCUCGCUCGACAACGAAUACGAUCGACCCGAUUUUCUCCCCUCCGAACGCCAACGCAUCGAUGCAUUCGACUUUGACUCGCUCCCUCCCCUCCAAAAAUCCAAAUCUUUCCUCCGCGCUCGAAGACCCUCUUCCACCGUGAAAUACGAUUCACCCAACUGCUGUAGGUCCUCGAUGGACGUGACGAUCACGCCUAAACCCUCCGACCUGCCACCCGUUCUCCCACCCAUCGAACGCCAGUCCUCACGCUGUGACAUCAAGAAGUGGAGGCUACAAACGGAAUCGACGGACCAGAUCCUAUUCACGUCGCCUUCCGGCACACCUGUACCCACUUCACCUCACGCCUCUGCCAAACACCGGUUCAGCAUCACGGACAACCCAUACAACUCGCAUAUCCUCCCACACGCCAAUCGGGAUCGAUGUCACACACUGAAAUCCCGAAGGAGCUUGGGGACAGAGUUCUCGGACACGGAAACCAAGGUGCAAAAGAGGAGCAGACUGAUGGCGGCCGUACCUGCGUUUGCGGUGCCCUUGACGAAGGUUUUGAGUCCGGUUAUCCGGAGGGGCCAGUGGGAGAUCGUGGUUCGCUCCGGGGCUAUCGCGUUCGUCCUCAGCUGGGUGAUCGUUGGUAUUUUUUUGGCUAUCCCUGUUCGGAAGUGA